AUGUCUGGCCCCACGGCCACCGCCGAUAAUGUCGACGAACGAGCGCUCUCAUUAUCCGGCCGAACGAAAUCCCUCGACUCCACCAGCAAAAUCCUCCUGCCCGAUGGCUCCUCCUACUGGGGGUCCCUCUUCGGGUCCACGCCCGAAGGCCCGGGCGAGUACGCGUGGGCCGACGGCUGCACGUACGACGGCGAGUGGCAUGCCGGGAUGAGACACAGCCGUGGGAAGCUCAGGUGGCCUUCCGGCGCGGUCUACUCCGGCGAAUUCUCCGGUGGAUACCUGCACGGAAGUGGGACUCACUCCCGACCGGACGGCUCGGUUUACAAGGGCCGGUGGAGACUUAGCCAGAAGCAUGGGCUGGGCUGCCAGAGCUUCCCGAACGGGGACGUUUUCGAAGGGACGUGGAUUCGUGGUGUUCCAGAAGGGCCCGGGAAGUAUGCGUGGGCCCAGGGAAAUGUUUACGUCGGGAAUAUGAAAAACGGGAGGAUGUUCGGAAAAGGGACUCUCACGUGGGCCAACGGGGACUCGUACGAGGGGAGCUGGUUUGAUGGGAUGAUGCAUGGGUUUGGGGUCUACACGUGGGCCGACAGGGGUUGUUAUGUCGGGAUGUGGACUCGCGGGCUCAAGGAUGGGAAUGGGACUUUCUACCCGAGAGGUACCCGGCUGCCAGCUGGACAGCAGUCGUAUCUCGACGCUUUACGGAAAAACGGGUUGUUGCCGGAUUUUGGAAAACAGAAUCGGGUUUCGCAUAUGGGGGAGGCUAGGGCAUCACGGGCAGAGAAUGUGUCGAUUGAGAGGCGGUGGAGCUUGGAGGCGUCGAUUGAGAAGGUGUUGGGGCACACUCGGUCGUUGAGUGUAUCCGAGAGUUUCCGGGAAGGAGGGGAUUUUAAAGAAGAAGUCGAUAAAAAUCCGGUGAUAUUGGAGAGGGAGUACAUGCAAGGGGUUUUGAUUAGCGAGAUAGUGUUGAGCGAUCGGUUUUCGCCGCCUUCGAAAAGGGCGAAAAGACGGCAGAGGAAGCUGGCUAGGGAGAUUAAGAGGCCGGGCGAGCAGAUUCUCAAGGGCCACAGGAGUUACGAUCUGAUGCUGAGUUUGCAGCUCGGGAUAAGAUAUACUGUAGGGAAAAUUACUCCCAUACAGAGAAGAGAAGCCCGGGCAAGUGAUUUCGGUCCACGGGCAAGCUUUUGGAUGACCUUUCCUAAGGAGGGAUCACAGCUCACACCGCCCCAUCAGUCUGAGGAUUUUAAGUGGAAAGAUUAUUGUCCGAUGGUUUUCAGGAAUCUGAGGGAGAUGUUUAAGAUUGAUGCUGCGGACUAUAUGAUGUCGAUAUGUGGAAAUGAUGCGCUAAGAGAACUCUCUUCCCCCGGAAAAAGCGGGAGUGUCUUCUUCUUGUCUCAAGACGAUCGUUUCAUGAUCAAAACACUGCGAAAAUCGGAAGUUAAGGUUCUGUUACGGAUGCUCCCCAACUAUCAUCAUCAUGUGCGAAGGUACGAAAACACUCUUGUAACAAAGUUUUUCGGUCUUCACAGGAUUAAGCCCUCCAGUGGUCAGAAGUUCCGGUUCGUGGUAAUGGGAAAUAUGUUCUGCACGGAGUUGAGGAUUCACCGGAGAUUCGACCUGAAAGGUUCAUCGUUGGGACGUUCGGCUGACAAAUUUAAAAUCGAUGAGAAUACAAUACUUAAAGAUCUCGAUUUGAACUACUGCUUUUACUUGGAACCGUCUUGGCGAGAUGCCCUCCUGCAGCAGAUUGAAAUCGAUAGCAAAUUCUUGGAGUCAGAGAACAUAAUGGACUACAGCCUCUUGCUAGGCGUCCAUUAUCGAGCACCCCAACAUCUAUGUUCUUUGUUGUCUUAUAGCCAGCGGAUGUCGGUUGAUGGCCUGGGAAUCCUUGCCGAAGAAGAGUCGAUGGAGGAUGAAAUAUCUCCACAGGGACUUGUUUUGGUUCCUCGUGGGUCGGACGAGAGUAGUGUAGUCGUGGGCCCACAUAUUAGAGGCAGCCGAUUGCGGACAUCUUCCUCGACUGGGGACAAGGAAGUAGAUCUCCUCCUUCCUGGUACAGCUAGGCUGCAGAUCCAGCUUGGAGUGAAUAUGCCUGCAAGAGCCGAGCAUAUUCCGGGAGACAAUGGUACGAAGAUGUUUCACGAGGUGUAUGAUGUUGUCCUGUAUCUGGGCAUAAUCGACAUACUACAGGAGUACAACAUGAGCAAAAAGAUCGAGCACAAGUACAAGUCUAUGCAGUUUGAUUCGGUGUCGAUCUCAGCUGUGAAUCCCACGUUCUACUCAGAACGGUUCUUGCAAUUCAUUAAGAAGGUUUUUCCUUCAAACAGUGCUCGGGGACCUGAGUGA